GACGUUUGGUACUAAUGCAUAAAACAAUUUUCUAGAAUCGACGUACUAAAUCAAAAAAAAAAAUUCACAAAGCAAACAUAAUAUGGGACAUUCCAUGCAAUAAUAGUGAAACAAAAUCUCGAUCACGUUUUUCUACCGAAAUUUUACAACAAAAUAUUGAAUAUAAAUUCUGAUUUCGGAGCUAUUAAUCCAUCAAAUGAGUUUUCGAAUUUGAGAAGAAUUUGGAAGGAAUUUAACUCUGAACAAAACAAUCAAUCUGCAUGGCUGUUUUGGUAAAUUGUAUCGGCAUUACAUCUAUGGAGUUUCAAUUGGAUAGUGCAGAAUAUUGCAAGGCACAACACGAAGAAAUUUCAGCAUAAGUAGAUAAAAAACGAAGCAGACUUAUGUAAGCUGAUGAAAAAAGUAAACAUUUUCUAAAACCUUGUUUCAUGAAUUGUCCACGACUUGUUUAAUAAUCAUCGAAUCGCACAGAAGUGUACGUUUGUGUGUUUUGAUUGGAUCACUACGAACAAAAAUAAUCAAAUUGCGAACCAAAAUAAAAAUAGAGUGAAACUAAAUGACAAGCAACAUGCGUCAAAAGGAUAUAAGACCGGCACCAGCUCGUAUUGAAUUCAAAGGAAUGAAAUUUUUGAUUACGGACCGCCCAUCAGAUAGCAACAUUCAGAAUUACAUAGUGGAGUUGAAGAAGAAUAACGUCAGCACUGUAGUUCGUGUGUGUGAGCCGAGCUAUAAAAUAGAUGAGCUAGAAUCUCAGGGAAUUACUGUAAGUGAUUUAGCCUACGAUGACGGCACUCCACCACCACAAAGAAUCGUUGACGAGUGGCUGGAAAUUCUAAGAAAAAAUUAUCAAGAAAAUCCGGAAGCUUGCGUUGCUGUACAUUGUGUUGCUGGUUUAGGACGUGCACCUGUGCUUGUGUCUGUAGCAUUGAUUGAACUUGGCCUAAAAUAUGAAGCUGCAGUCGAAUUAAUUCGUGAGAAGCGUCGUGGAGCAAUAAACUCUCGACAAUUGGCUUAUCUUGAAAAAUAUCGACCCAAAUCACGACUCAAAAAUAAAAAUGGCCAUAAGAAUUCUUGCUGUGUGCAAUAAAUUCUAACUAUCAGUGACCGCCAGAAUGAAAGUGUUCAUUUUUAUGUCUUAAUUGUUCUCCGAUCAUAC